UCGUUAAUUCAUUUAAAAAAUAUAGUAUUUCUGAUAGUAUUGAAAAGUUAGAAAAACAAGUGAUAGUUCUAGCUGAAGAUAUAAAAAACCUUCUGAUUUCAAUUGUUUAUGUGGAAAAUUCAGAGAAUUUGCCUGAGCACUG